AUACCGAGCCAUUUCCCGAAAUAUUUGGGCUCCAUCACGAAACAUAGAUAGAACUAGUCAACUGACCAAACUGCCGAAGACCCCUCCCUCCAUAAAAUUAAUUCUCCCAAACUGUUUGGUCGCACUUUUCUUCUUCUUCGUCUUCGUCAUCUUCUUCUCUCUGUGCAGAGCUCCGAGCCUACUUUCUAAUACCCAAAGCAACAGAGUUUAUGCUUCAUCAUUUUCCUUCACUUCAAUCUUCAUUUUUCUUCAUAAAAAAUUGUCCCUUUUUCUCAUCUGGAACCUCUGCUACAAAGCAAUCCCAAGGCAAGAGAUUUCUCCCCUGUUUGCCUUUUUUAUUCUCUUCGAUCCUUCGUCAAUCUGUUUUUUUAUUCUUUACACCAAUUCGCUCUCUCGGAAUUAUAACCGUUCUGCUAUUUCUUCUAACAUCCAAUUCUCAAAAUCUCUUCUUUUAUUCAAAAUAUGAAGCUUUUCUGAAAGAAAACGUCUAGAGAGCCCAAAAGAGCAAGAACAGGGAAAGAUGGAUUACCUGAAAGGAAGAAUAUCUCUUCCUCCUUUACCAGCAGAGAAAAAAUGGGCUCUUCCCAUUUUCGUUAGCUCCCUCAUCUUCGCCUUCCUCCUCCUCACCACUCUCAACAUGGGCCUCCUCGCCUCUCUCUCCACUCUCAACGCCGCCCUCUUCUCUCCGGCCAUCGAAACCUCCGCUCCUUCUCCCGAGCCACCACCUCCUAUACCUCCUCUCUCUCCACCUCCUCCUCCACCUCCACCUGCCGCCAUCAUCCCCCGCUUCGCCUACCUUAUUUCCGGCUCAAAAGGCGAUCUUGAUAGCAUAUGGAGAACUCUCUACGCCAUCUAUCACCCUCGAAACCUCUACGUUCUACACCUCGACCUCGAAUCGCCGGCGGAGGAGCGGAAAAGUCUCGCCGCAAGAGUCGCGAACCAGUCUGUCUUCUCCAUCGUGGGAAACGUGCACGUGAUCACCAAGGCUAACAUGGUAACAUACAGAGGCCCAACAAUGGUGGCCAACACUCUCCACGCUUGCGCAAUUCUUCUCAAGAAGAGCAACGAUUGGGAUUGGUUCAUCAACCUCAGUGCUUCGGAUUACCCUCUUGUAACGCAGGAUGAUUUGCUGCUUACUUUCUCAAAAUUGCCGAAAAAUCUCAACUUUGUGGAGCACAGCAGUGUAUUGGGAUGGAAGGAAGAACAGAGGGCGAAGCCAUUGAUUAUCGAUCCUGGGCUUUACAAGACGACCAAGUCUGACGUUUUCUGGGUCGCGCCGAGGAGAGAAUUGCCUACUGCGUUUACGCUCUUCACAGGAUCUGCAUGGAUGGUUCUAACCCGAGAAUUCAUCGAAUUCUGCAUCUGGGGCUGGGACAACCUACCAAGAACUCUCCUCAUGUACUACACCAAUUUCCUCUCAUCACCUGAAGGCUACUUCCAAACAGUCCUCUGCAACUCCCCAGAAUUCAACUCCACAGUCAUAAACCACGACCUGCACUACAUCUCAUGGGACAAGCCUCCCAAGCAACACCCACACAUUCUCUCCCUCAACGACACUGCAAAAAUGAUCAGAAGCAAUGCCCCCUUUGCCAGAAAGUUCAGAAAGGAUGAUCCCGUGCUCGACAAGAUCGACGCCAAGCUUCUCCGCCGGCCGAUGAAUAUGGUGACGCCGGGAGGAUGGUGCGAAGAGAUGACCAAUUGCUCGAAGGUGGACAAUGAUGGGAGGCUCAAACCGGGACCUGGAUCACGUCGGCUGGCGAAGCUCAUGAAUAAGCUAGUGCUGUUUGAUUCAUUCAAGUUGGAUCAAUGUAAUUAGGUGAUAUGUUGGGGAAAGAAUGGUGGUGAUAUUGCAGCUAGCUGAUGAAGUUUUGGGAGUUGGAAGUGAAAUUUUGGAAGCAUGAUAGGCUAAAAAGUUAGUGUAUGCUUCUUCUGGUUGGAUGCUACAAAUAAAUAUGUAUGAACAGCUGAAGUUUCAGCUGAAGUUGAAGAAGAAAAUGGCUAUUUUAAUUAGAGAGAGAAUCAGAGAGGAUGAGAUGGUAAUGUAAACAUGCAAAAGUUUUUAUAUUGAGUUAAUGAUAUCAUCAAA